GAGCUGAAGAAAGUAAAAAUCAACUUUUCUGUGACUGAUGAAACAGAGAACUAAUCGAAGGUGUCAACCAAAUAAAGCCACCAGGGAUUUGGACGAACCAAAGAUUGUUCAGUGGUUGCAACAAAGACAAUGCCUUCUGGGAAAAGUUGUUUCUAGUGAAGAGAAAUGUAAAGCAAACAGCUAAAUAUAGGGACUGGGACUGGUGUACAAAUCUGAUCGCCUGAUCAGAGUUUCCACAGGGGCACAGAAAACCCACUUCCCCUCGUGGAAUUUAGACUGGAAGCUGACCAUCUGAGAGUAUAUAUAGAAGCUGCAUUUCAAAGAAGUUUUAGAAUUUUCAAACUAGCCAGCGAGUGAAGAAACCAGUUUCGAGAAAAUGAAGCAAGUUCUUGUGGUGCUGAUGUGUCUCGGUAUCAUUUCCUUUGUUGCAUUAGCAGCACCUAGUCAAAUAUUGAAGAAUUGCUGCCUGAAAUACUCGGGAAUACUCCCUCAACUCAAGAGAAUCAAGGAAUAUGUCAUUCAGAAAAAUGAUGGGCGCUGCAAAAUUAAAGCUGUGAUAUUCAAAGUGAAAAACCUUUGGAUUUGCUCAAAUCCAAACAAUCUUAAAGUGAAGAGAUUUGUGGAAAAGCUUUCUCAAAAGGAAAGGAAGGGAUGAAAAUGACCCUAAUACUUGUUGGCUGUGGAUGAUGAUGUAAACGCCAACAGAGAAAGAAAUUUUUCAAAAUGUGUUUUUCUUUAAGUUCACUUUUCUAUGUGAUAUAUAGGUUUAAAUGCCAUCAACAAGUUUGCAAAUACCAGAAAGGUUCAACCACACUAUUUAGGUUUAUUGAACUGAUUCCAAUCAAAUCAGAGUUCGCACUUUACUGGUGGUGCUGCUUUUAAAUAUGACUAAUUAACUAAUUUGUUCUUAUUAAUGACAGAGACAGGCAUGUUGAUGAGCUAUGCCAGUUUCUGAAAGGACAAUAGACAGUUUGUAUGUUCUCACUGAUUAAGUGUUGAAUCUCACUUCCACAUCUAAUAAUCCCACUGGUUUAACUGAAGAUCAGUGUUGGGACAUCAGGCUACCUGAAAUGGCAGACUUGGAUACAUCAGUAAGGUAACUAAACAAACUGUGUGAACACAUGCAGGAAGUGUGCUCAGGCAACUUCCUGGGACUGCAGCCAAAUUAUUAACUUCUGAUGUUACAAGACAAAAGAACUGCAGUCUUUCUAAAAUCUGAAAAUGGCAGUAAAACUUCUGAAAUUACUGAUUCAUGAGGAAUUAUCUCCAUAUUGGAUAAAAGCAUUUAUAAAGUAUCAGUUUAUUAAAACAAUUACAUUCCUGAUUUGUAUCCUGUAUAACAUUAUAAUCCUGUUUCACAUAAAACAGAAUUUUAGCCAAAGCAUCAAUUUCCAACAAAAUGAUUUUUUAUCAUAUUUUCUUACACUGAAAGACCUUUACUGUGUGUGAGAGAAUGUUAGCGUUUUGCAGAAAGAGAUUGUAUGAAGGCUGUGUUCCUUUAAGGUAAUUCCAUUGAGAGUCAUGCUGAUUUUCUUUCAUGAUACAAUCACAGUAACCCUGCAUCUUUGCACUGGAAUGCAUAAUGAAAUGAUUGUUAACUUUUGAAAACAUAUUGUUCAAUAUUACUUUGGUUUAAUUGUAUUUGUAUUGUCUCCCCAAACAGGGAAUGCUGUUUGAAGAGUGACAUAUGCUUUUAGUUAUUUGCUUUUGCUUGCAAUUUUCCAAUGUCUAUUUGUUAUGCUUCUAAAAUAAACUUCUUAAAUGGAUUGUC